GGCAUGGCGGUGAUGACGGUCAGAGAGCUGUUUGACUUCAUCACAGACCGGGUCCAUCACCUGCCACAACAUGGACCAGUACCUGACCAAGGCGAUGAUGAUAGCAGCUGAUCGUACGUCAGAGCAGCGUACAGAUCAGGACCGAGUGGACGACGAGGUGUUUAAGAAGGCCUACAUCCCUCGCACCCUGACCGAGGUCAGUCACUACGAGAGAGACGUGGACCUGAUGAAGACCAAAGAGGAGGAGUCAGCUAUCAGCGGUCACCAUGACAACGUUCUGUACCAGACGCUGACCGGACUGAAGAAGGAUUUAUCUGGAGUCCAAACGGUUCCUGCUCUGCUGGAGGACGAUCAGUCUUCCUCCUCAGAGGAAGAGGAGGAGGAAGAGGAAGGAGAGAAAGAUGAAGAAGAGGAGGAUGAGGAGGAGCAGACUGAAGAAUCUCAGCUGGACAAAAAGGUUUUUAACUCUUGUGUUUCCUCGGGUCAAAUUUGACUCGUUUUCAAAGUUUCUACAUAAA